UCAGACACUAUGUGUGGUUCUGUUCGAAAAUACUAAUAUUUUGACAUUUUGAUAAAAGCAAUAAUAACAGUGAGCGAAAAAACACAAUUGAUAUUUGAUAACUCAUAAUUGGAUUUUUAAAAACUCUGUUUUCAGCUUCAAAUUUAAGCACGAAAAAAAAUGUCAGAAGAGAGUAAAAAUGAUAAUUUGGAAAAUCCAGAGGUUGUAAAUACUGUGCGAUUACUAGCAAAGGGCUUAAUGGAGAUAUACGAACCGCCGAUAUCAACUUUGAAUACACAUUUAAAGGAAUUGACAGAUGAACAAGAGGCUGUCCACAAUAUGAUUUUAUCUGAAAAUAGGCGAAUAGACGAUCUACAAAAUGAUGCAACGUUAGAUGCUCUGUUAGCAGAGAUAGCGACUAAUAGAGAAAAGUUGACGUCAUUAACAAGCUCCAUGUUAUCAUUGCAUAAGAGAGUACAAGAUUUGCAGGUUAGAGCUGCAAAUGUGGAAAAGGCUGCAAAAAGUAGGGCAACGAAAUAAUCUGUAUUGUUUUAGAGAUUUUUAUGUAAUUAAUAUUUAUUGUAUAGAUAAGAGGAAGAAAUAUGACUAUUAUUGAACUUGAAAUAUUAAGAAACUGUUGAACAUUAUUAAUAAGUUUUUAAAUUAUACAUUUAGAAUGAUUAUAUUUAAAUUUGAAAAUCUAUAGAAAACUUGUGCUACAAUAAGAUGCAGGCACGCCUUGUUGAAGUUGUGUCAAAACCAUAGUAUUGGCUACAUUCAAUGGUAUGAAAAGUAUGAUUUAAGUUAAAAUGUUAUAUUUUAUUUUUUGUUACUGUCAUAUAGACAAAAGAUUUUUAAAAAGGUUUUAUUGUAAAAAAAAAAAUAUUGCAUAAUCUUAAAAUUUUAUUACCUCUGUUACAAUAUUACAAUUUUAAUUAAAAAUAAAUACAUGUUAAUGCUUUUAGUCGUUAACAAUACACAUACAUUCUCUGUAUGUAAACAAUCUUAUGAAGGUGGACCGACCUUACACUGCUGUAACUCGCUACCUUACAUGACAAAGAGAUUUUUUAAAUUUGUUUUAUUGUGAUGUGUUUUAGUUCUCUUUUGGCAUUAAAGAAGUUUUGUUCAACUAUUCUGAUUAAAUAGACUGAUAAAAAGAUUGUUAUGAGAAAUUAUAUUUGUUUGUUCUAUUUUGCCACAUUUUUUUUUUUACUUUUGUUAAAGAAGACUUCGUAAUUAUUGCCUGAAUAUGAAAUAAUCUGUUCUCAAUGACCAUAGACGAUAAGCUAUUUCUAAUCUGUGCAUUCCUUAAAUUACAUUUAAAAUAGUAUAUCUAAAAAUAUUUUAUAAAUUAUUGUCUAUUUAUGUAGACUUUAUGAGAUGAAUAAAUUUAUUUAAAAAUA